CUCGGUGUGUCCAAAUGCUAUUUAUCAGAUAAUAUCAUUCUUGUAGCAUUCGUCUUCCGUGAUAUACGUCUUAUGCUCCGAACCUGUCUUCCCAGAAGGGUACUUCGGCCAAUCUUCACUGCAAGGAGGUUCUCCAAGAUGACGCUCAAAACUCUAGCACCAGAUAAAGCGGCAGAACUGGAUAAAGAGCUCAUGAGCGAGGACGGCGGCUUCAGCAUUGAUCAAUUGAUGGAACUCGCCGGGUUGAGCGUAUCACAGGCUGUGUACAAAGUCCAUCCGCCUUCUAAAGGAAAGAAUGUCCUGGUGGCCUGUGGGCCCGGCAACAACGGAGGAGACGGCCUCGUCUGCGCCCGCCACUUGCACCACUACGGCUACAAUCCGGAAAUCUACUAUCCAAAACCAACCAAAGCGCCCAUCUUCACGGGCCUUCAGAAGCAACUCCGCAACUUGCACAUCCCGUUCCUCACCACGACCGAGGAGUACCAAUCGUCGCUAGAAAAGGCCGACCUCAUUAUCGACGCCCUGUUCGGGUUCUCAUUCAAGCCCCCAGUCCGUGCUCCCUUCGACACUGUCCUGCAGGCCAUGAUCGAGUCCAAGAAACCCGUCUUCAGCGUCGACAUACCCUCGUCGUGGGACGUGGCGUCCGGGCCGCCGGAACAAGGACAGAUCGGACACGACUUUAUGCCCGACUACCUGAUAAGUCUGACGGCCGCGAAACCGAGCGUCAAGUUUUUCAAGGGGAAGAAGCAUUUUAUAGGCGGCCGCUUCUUGAGCAAGGACGUCGCGGCCAAGUACGGUCUCGAUGUGCCGCACUAUCAAGGGAUUGACCAGGUUGCGGAGGUGGACGUGGAUGCGCCAGUGGAAAAGUUGUGACCAUGGGUGGAUUUGCAAAUUGGCUUCGUUGGAGCGGACUGAGUGGAUGGGAAGUGAGAGCUACUGUGAGAUAACAUGCUAGGGCAACAGGAGGUCUGCGCUGCGAUGAGGAUAGAGUAUGAGAAAAGAAAAAAGCAAGAUAGAUGACCCAGUAAUGCCGAAAGUGGCAGACGAACUGAAUGAAAGAUGGCUCAAAGGAAGAAAUGGACUACAAGUCCGGUUUAUUGAAACAACACAAGAAUUGUAACUAUCUACCAAGAAAAGGCG